AGGAAACAGAAGAAGCAUCCAGUACCUUUGAAUGUUGGAUGCCGGGGUGUGUUAUGGUUAUGACUGUCUGGUCCAGGCGCUAUCAAACAGUGCAGUCUACAAUCAACACCAUCACAAUGGACACCGGCCCGGUAUCACCAGCCGCACUAUAGCGCAGUGAUUUCACCUGAUGACAUCUAAAUUAAAGCCCCAGCUGGCUCCACUGCCACGGACAGAGAUCUUUGCAUACUGGGUGCUGUCCUUUGGCUCACACCUGUACUCUUUCUACCACCUGCACAGGUUCUCCAAAGAGCAUGAAGCAGGAUUACAGAGAGAAUUCCAGCUGGAAAAAGGCCUUAUUAAAGGUUAUAAAAGGGACCCAUCAGACUUCGAGUGGAGUUUCUGGACCGAAUGGGCAAAGAAGUCUUUGCUGUGGACUCUGAUUGGUCAUGGCGUAAUAUCAAGACUGACCCGCACCUUUUACCCCGAGCUCAGAGUGCCAGCACUCACAAUAUAUGGCCUCUUAGCAGCCAGCAGUGUGCUGGGGAUUAAAGGUGUGGGUGUGCUGCUGGUACAGCUGGGCCUGUCGUUUGCAGCAGCACAGCUGCGAAAGCCUGCUCUGUCAUGGGCCUGCAACCUGCUGCUGCUCUCCACACUUUACAUCCAGCCACUUCAAGAGAUCCAGAGAGGCUGGUAUAAGACCGAGGAGGAGUACUAUCUGCUGCUCUUCAGCGUUGCUGUCUGUGGUCUACGCUUCAUCAGCUUCAGCCUGGAGCACUGCUGGUGCCCUGCAGACCGUGGUGGAGUUGUGCAGCUCUGCUGGUUGUUUUCAUACACUUUCUAUCACCCUUUUUUCUACAAUGGACCCAUUAUCACAUACAAAGACUACAUUGAGCAGAUGCAGAGGCCUGCUGAGGAAGGUGACAGGGACGAAUCAGCAUUUAGCUUCUUGGUGCUCAGAUCAGGACGGAUCAUACUAUGGUGGUGCAUUGCCGAAUACAUGAUCCAUGUAAUGUACAUGCACUCCAUCCAGUCUAAUGAGACCUACUUAGAGAUCCUCCCUCCCUGGGCCUUGGGCGGUCUGGCCCUGGCCCUCGUCCAGUUCUUCUAUGUGAAGUAUCUGGUGCUGUUUGGACUUCCAUCCAUGCUGGCUACUUUGGAUAAACUAGUUCCCCCAAAGCUUCCUCGUUGUGUCAGCAUCAUGUACAGUUUCACAGGGAUGUGGAGGCACUUUGACGAGGGCCUGUAUCGAUGGCUCAUCAGAUACAUCUACGUGCCGUUGGGAGGUUCGCGGCAUGGCCUUCCUUACAAAAUGUUAUCCACUGGCCUUGCGUUCGGAUUCGUCUGCCUCUGGCAUGGUGGCCAUGACUACUUACAGUACUGGGCUCUGAUGAAUUGGGCUGGAGUUCUGGUGGAAAAUGGACUGAAGUCUCUCUUCGCCUUGUCCUUUAUUCGCUCCAUUGUUGAGCAGAAUUUCUCCCCGGCGAUGGAGAGGCGUUGCGUUGCCCUUCUCUCUGCCUUCUCCACUGCUAUGCUCAUCCUCUCUAAUCUGGUGUUCCUUGGGGGGAUACAUGUUGGCAGAAUCUUCUGGAAGCGUGUCUUCAUUCAAGGCUGGUCCACCUUGUUCCCGCCUAUGCUGGCUUUCCUCUACUGCUUUGCUCAGAUUGGGCUUGAGUGGACUUCUCACCCACCAUGAGUCACCUUGACAUUUUAUCGGAGCGAGAAUCAAGCCACGAGACAUCCCAAACAACCUGCUGAGUCCAGUGCCUUCUCCUCACCAGUCUCUGUGGCGAACCUGGCUCUUGGCCACAGAACCUGUCCAAACCUGGCCAAAGUGCAGCUGAGCAGCCACUUUUCACAAUCUGCAACACAAGGCAAAAUCUGCCUGUAAGCUGAGACUUAAAGGAUUCACUCCAGGAGAGAGUCUCCUACUUUGUGGAAAAUGUUAAGUGCACACAAACUGUAAUAAAACGAGUGUAAUGCUGUAAA